AUGUCCCUCGCCGACUACCUCGCCAAAAACUACCUCACAGCCGACCCGCAACCCAACGACUCCCAACGACCCAAAAAGAAAAGAAAGAAGACGAAACAUGUCGCAGAAGAAACUGGCGGCGGCGGCCUCAUCAUCGCCGACGACGAUCCGCCUUCUCUCCGCGCAUCAGCUGCUGAUAUAAACCUCCUCGACGACGACGAAAACUCACCUUUUGUGUUAGGAUCAGGAGCAUCUCGCAUAUCGACAGAGUUUCGGAAAAAGAAAAAAUCAGGCUGGAAAGUUGUUGGUGAUGGUGGUGGUGGUGCUGGGGAAGACGAAGCAGAUGCGAUUCUCGCCUCGGCAGCUGCUGAAAGCGCAGAACGACAGCGGGCAGAUCAAAUGGACGAUGCGCCAACGAUAGAAGACGACGACGACGACGACAAAAACGGAGGUUUACGAAUGGAAUCAGGUGUGCGCGCAGGCCUCCAAACCGCCGCGCAGACUGCCGCCAUGGUCGCCGUGCAAGAGCGCAAAAAGCGCGCCGAACUGGCAGCCUUCCAAACCGCUCUCGCAAAGGAAGGCGGCGCAGCGCAAGAAACAAUUUAUCGAGAUGCAUCCGGGCGAAUCAUCAACGUCGCCAUGAAGCGCGCCGAAGCCCGACGCGCCGAGGAAGAAGCCAAAGAAAAAGAAGAGCGCGCCAAAGAAGCCCUAAUGGGCGAUGUGCAGCGACAGCAGCGAGAAUCUCGACGCCAGGAACUCGCCGAGGCACGCGCGAUGCCGCUGGCGCGCACGGUCGAGGAUGAGGAUCUCAACGAGGAGUUGCGCGCGCAAGACCGGUGGAAUGAUCCGGCUGCCCAAUUCUUGACAAGUAAGAAAUCUGCGACGAGUAAGACGGGGAAGCCACUAUACAAGGGUGGGUUUGCGCCAAAUCGGUAUGGCAUACGGCCGGGUCAUCGGUGGGAUGGAGUCGACCGCGCGAAUGGGUUUGAGAAGGAGUGGUUUCAGGCUCGAGCGAGAAAGGAGCGGAGAGGGAAUUUGGAGUAUGAGUGGCAGAUGGAUGAGUGA